GAGACAUAUACGUCGAAAUAACCCGCGACUAUAUGACAUUCAAAUUAGCACAAAUAAGAAUAACAUUCUAUAAAAAUAGUCUAGUUAUUAGAAACCAAAUAGAAUACUUGAUUGAUAAAAUCGAAAGUAAAUUAGUAUACCUAGGCUCAAGCACAAUCGGAUUAGGUAGAACAUUUAUACCGAGAACCCGAAGAGGAUUAAUCAAUGGAUUAGGAUCGAUAAUUAAAGUCAUUACAGGCAAUUUGGAUCAAGAAGAUGCCAUUAAAAUAGAUAACCAAAUUCAAGAAAUUAAAAGGUUAGCGAUUCAUAAACAGAGUCAAACAUUAGGAAUAAUGACAGAUUUCAUAAAAGAAAAUAACGCUAAACUAAAUAUAAUCAGUAAAAAUCAAAAAGAACUAAAUCAAGCGAUCAAAGAUUUAAGUAAGCAGAAUUUAGGAUUAGAAAAUGAAAUGCAUGUAAUAAAUAUAUAUAACCAAAUUGAAAUUUGCUUACAACAAGUUUAUGAUAGGGUAGAAUUAUUAGAAAAUGCAAUAACAUUUGCCCAUCUAGGUCAAUUACACCCAAGCAUUGUAGACCCUAGCUUUCUUGUUGCCGAGCUCAUGAAAAUUCAAGGAGAAGCAAGUAAAAAUAAUACACAGUUUAUGUACUCUCCUACUAUAGAAAACAUACAUGCAAUUGAGAAAUCAAUAGAAUUAAAGGCAUACAGUACGAAUGAAUCAAUUAAUUUUGUAUUAGAAAUCCCAUUAGUAACUAACCAUCCGUAUAGUUUACUUCAUUUGUACUCGAUCCCCAAUAAAAACAAUACGAUCCUCAUUCCCAAAAACCCAUACCUAAUCUUGGGGAGCAGCGAAUUCGCAUACCCUCAUGAGCCCUGCACAUCUAUAACAGAGAAAGUAGUCAUCUGUCGACACUUAGAAUGGCACCAACUCAGCAAAUCAGAAGAUUGCAUAGCGCAACUUUUACAAUAUAGACAACCACACAAUUGCAAGCAUGCAACAGCCGAAAUUAAUAAUAAUAUUAUAAAACAAAUUAAGGAAAACAGUUGGAUCGCUAUCCUAAAACAAGAAGAAAUAGCGAAAACCACGUGUGGAGAAAACGUAGAAUACCAGCGGAUCAGCGGAAUAGUCCUAAUAACUACAAACAGAAAAUGCAACAUCAAAAUCGCCGGCAGAACACUCACGACCCACAUGGAAUAUCUAAAUGUCAAAGAAAGCAUCCCUCUGCCAAAAACGCAGUACGCCUCAACGCAAUCUCCGAUCACGGUCCAAUUGGAAGAAGUGAACUUGGAUAAUCUAAAAGACAUCUUAAAGAAAACUCAAGUAACGCAAGAAAAUGACGAACCAGUGAUAACUAUGAAACCCAGCUGGCCAACCAUUUGCAUGUACCUAAUCAUAACAAUCAUUGCAAGCGCAGUCGCCAUCAAAUGGUAUCUUCGGUCCUGCAAGCAAAGUUCAGCAGCGCCGGAAUGUCUGCAGCUUCAAUCGCAAGAACUCCUGCAACAGCAGCAGCAGCCUUCGACGUGCUUCACACUUAAAGGGGGAGGAGUUACGUCGCCGUAAUUGAAACAUAAGAAGAAACAAACAAGAUAAUUAAGUUUAGAGAUAAGAGUUAAUGUUUGUACGCUUCAAUAAAUGUAAAUCAGUUCUCUGCCUGUAUUCGGUGUGGACGGUCGAGUCCACCGGGCUUUUAUUUUACUUGUAUUAAUAUAUUUUAAAAUCAAAUAUAUACGUUCUCAUUUAUAAAACACUUUUUAAAAAAGCCCGAAUCGCCACAACGAAAUAUAACUCUUUGCAAAACUA